CCUGCUUGGUAGUAUUCAUUUAGACUUUGGUAUUUCAAAGCAACAUUUACCCCCACUGUAGGGGUUUUUAUUUGCAUUUGGCAGAACAGUUAAUAAGAACGUUAUCUAUAUGAAGGGCUAAUGGAAGACACAAGGGAUUUGGAUGCCACCUGUGAUACCAAGAGGAGGAAGUAGACAGGCUGUCAACAGUAAACAUUAAACCGCGCUCCGGAUCAUACACACAGUGAGCAAGACGCUGAACGCACCCCACGUUCAGAGCGAAAGCGGAGAGACUCAUUCGGGAUGUUUGAUGGCUAUGACAGCUGCAGUGAGGAGUCUACCAGCAGCUCCAGCUCAGAGGACAGCGAGGAUGAGGUGGUGCCCUCCAUCCCGGCCAGCCUGCCCAUCAUCAAGAACAAUGGACAGGUGUACACUUACCCCGACGGAAAGGCUGGAAUGGCCACUUGUGAGAUGUGUGGGAUGGUUGGAGUACGAGAUGCUUUUUACUCAAAAACCAAGCGCUUCUGCAGUGUCUCCUGUUCUAGGAGUUAUUCCUCAAAUUCCAAAAAAGCCAGCAUCUUGGCAAGACUUCAGGGUAAACCACCAACAAAAAAGGCAAAAGUCUUACAGAAACAGCCGCUCAUGGCAAAGUUGGCUGCUUAUGCCCAGUACCAGGCGAGUCAGCAGAACCAGGCCAAAUCAAAAGCAGUGGUCCCUGCAGAGAGCUUUGACUGGGGUCGGUAUAUCUGUAGCAAUGACACAGUCGGAGCUCCAGUCAGCUGUUUCAAGCAUGCGCCCAUGGGAACAUGCUGGGGGGGCAUAGAGGAAGGAGUGAGGCUUGAAGUGCCCAACUCUGAUACGAACCUCUCCACUAAGGUGUACUGGAUAGCAGAAAUCAUUAAGCUAGCAGGAUUCAAGGCUCUCCUGCGGUAUGAGGGCUUCGACAGCGACAACAGUAAAGACUUCUGGUGUGAACUCUGCAUCCCUGAGGUGCACCCGGUCGGAUGGUGUGCUUCGAGUGGCAAACCUCUUAUACCUCCGAAAACCAUACAGCAUAAAUACUCUAACUGGAAAGCCGUUCUUGUGAAGCGUCUCACUGGAGCUAAAACACUGCCACCAGACUUUAACACCAAGGUACAAGAGAACUUGCAGUUCCCCUUUAAGAAGCUGAUGCGGGUGGAAGUGGUGGAUAAGAACUACCUGUGCCGGACACGGGUGGCGCUGGUGGAACAGGUGAUCGGGGGUCGCCUCAGGCUGGUUUAUGAGGAGAGCCAGGACGGGUCGGAUGACUUCUGGUGCCACAUGUACAGCCCCCUCAUUCAUAAUAUUGGCUGGUCCCGCAGCAUCGGACACCGGUUCAAACGAUCCGAUGUCACAAAGAAAACUGAGGGUCAAGUAGAUGCUCCUGCACUGUAUUUCCAGAAGGUGAAAGAUGUGGACCAGGGUGGAGAUUGGUUCAAAGAUGGAAUGAAGAUAGAAGCCAUCGAUCCCCUCAACCUCUCAGCUAUAUGUGUAGCCACUGUAAGAAAGGUGUUGGCAGACGGGUACCUCAUGAUUGGGAUCGAUGGUUCUGAGGCGGUGGACGGGUCAGACUGGUUCUGCUACCACGGCACCUCCCCUUCAAUCUACCCUGUCGGCUUCUGUGAAAUCAACAACAUUGAACUCACGCCCCCUAGAGGGUACACUAAACUGCCAUUUAAAUGGUUUGACUACCUCAGAGAAACAGGUUCAAUAGCUGCUCCUGUCAAGCUCUUUAACAAGGAGGUUCCUAAUCACGGCUUCCGGCAAGGCAUGAAGCUGGAGGCCGUAGAUCUAAUGGAGCCGCGGCUGGUGUGUGUCGCCACGGUGACGAGGAUUGUGCACCGGCUACUGAGGAUCCACUUUGACGGCUGGGAGGAUGAGUAUGACCAGUGGGUGGACUGCGAGUCACCUGACCUCUACCCUGUGGGCUGGUGUCAGCUGACCGGCUACCAGCUGCAACCCCCCGCCUCACAGAGUACCAGAGAUCUGCCUCAGUCUGUACCCAAACAGAAGAAGAAGGCCCAGCAGUACAAAGGCCAAAAGAAAAAGAGGAAGAUUCCAGUUGGUCGGCGGCCCUUCAGUCAGACCGGCAGGAGGAGGAACAGCUUCUCUGGAGACGAAGAGCAGAGUCCCCCCCCUUACCCUGCACAGGGGCCCUCUCGGCCGCGGCCCCGACCCAGAACACACCUCCACCAAACACACAAAUCAGAGUCUCUCCUGAGGAUGAAGGAGGACACGGCUGAGGUGGACGAGUUCACCUUCUCACAGGGCACCUCGGACCAGGAGAGCAACGGCUCUGGCAGCUACUACAUCAAACAGGAGCCCUGAGGUCAGGACCAGCGGGGGGCAGGACUCGCCUCUGGGACCCCCCUCCCCACCACCACCACGGAGGAUCAGGGAGGUGAAGAGUCAACCAGCCUCAAACCACACUCAGACCAACGCCUCAGGCCUUCAUGGAGUCCCUACAGGAGAUGACGAGGAGGAGGAGGAGGAGGAGGAGGGGGGGGGGGUCUGUUCCAGUUCUUCAGAGGGGGGGGGUUUCCUUCAGGAUUUCUCAGAACCGUUUUUUCUAACCUUGUAGCUGCACAUCACUCACUAAACCUGGGUCACAUGUUCGGGCAUUCUCUUCGGACCACCUCGGAUGACAUCAUGUUGUCUAAACAUCCAAUCAGAUGAGGGAUACUUGGAUCUUUUUCCAGAGAAAUGGGAGUCCUGCGUGUCGACAGCCCCCCUCUCCCCCCCCCUGCCUCUGCCACACUGGGCCGUGCACAGAGACCUGCAGAAACUGUGAGAACCUUUACUUGAGCCAGGUCUUUAAUGUUGUAUUUGUGUUGUUUUCAGGUGAGUCGGCACUGAGCGGCGGGCAGCCGGCCGUCACAGAGCAGAGUUGUGUAUAUUUUCAUUUCUCCUUCUAACAAUAUUGCCAGCUGGACUUAUACUUUGUUAAUAGUACUUGAAGUUUUUUGUUUUUCUUUUGUAUGGUCAUGAUUUUGGAGUUGCUUUCGUCUUAAUGUAAUUAUUUUUGCAUCUGCAUUUUUGGUGGCUGUGCGGGAACCUAAAUGUGCAUUGUUUCAUAAAGUGAUUCUAUCCAUAUAGUACAUGGAGACCUAUUCAAAUACAACUACAGAGUAAAGAUAUAAAGACUGUGGUGAGAGGACAGGGCUGCUCAGCGUCACUCGUAUUACUCUUUCUCAUUUCAGAUUUCCACAGCUUCAGAAACGUCUGAUUCAAUCAUCACAGCACAAAAUAUCAACAAAUAAGCAAGUCAUUCAUGGUGACACCUUUAGUCAGCACAAUGAAACAGAUGCUCUCAGGCUGCAACUAUACUUUACUUAUUGAUUUAAUACUUUUGUCUUUGGUAUUUCUCAGACAGAUGUAAGGUGACAUUACAGUUUGUAGUUUCACUUGUUACAGUGAAAAAGUAGCCCCCAAUCGCCAUUUAAUCACAUAGAUGCGCCACACAACAGUUGGCUUUCACAAACUGUGCAGCUAUAUUAAGUGGACUGUGUGUAUCUGUGUUUUGAACAACUCCUUUUUCCACUUUUGAACUUUUCCAGUUCACCAGACUGCCCUUACAACUUCCCUUUGCUGCCCUGCUUACUAUAGGUUACACGAUCUAGGAUUAGCCUCACAUAAGAUUAUCAGGAGGGCAUCAUCUAAUUAGGUAACAGUGAUCUCACACAUACACACACACGCACACACACAGGAAGCAAACCUGCCAUAGGAACACGUGUAACCUUUGUGAGUGUUUGUGCUGGGAUGUGAACAGAAAGGCUGAAGCUGUGGAGAUGAAAAGCUUUUUUUUUUUUCAAGAUACAAAUGGUGUGAGUGCAGGGUGUGUGUGUAUCAGAGAGAAACCUUACUGGUAUGAUGGGUACACACUCUCACAUGUUCUCACACUACAACAUCUGGAUGCUGCGGAGCUCCUCCUCACGUCUGUGCAGUCUGCAGUGUGCCGCUGAUUAAUACACACUAUCAGCAUAAAGGACAGUCAAUUAAUACAUUCUAGAAAAGCAAUUAUAAAUCAUUGAACUUGAUUAGUAUAUCUUGUUUUUAUUUAAUUGGAUUUAAAACUGCUACAGAUUUCUCUUUAAAGAACCACACAGUGCCUUUACCUGCAGCGGUGGAUGACUAUUAUAUUUAGAUGGCACACUGAUAUUAUAUGAAUUAAUGUAUUUGAAGAUGGAAAAAGAAAGUAAAUUACAUAAUUGCUUUGAGAUGAUGCUAUUUAUUGACUGCGAUGCUGAGAAGUGGCACACUGCAGACUAUACCUGAGCAACUGUAGCAUCAAGCUUUGGUUCCUGUCAUUUAAAACAUAAGAGGUUGUUCGAAUGGGUAAUAUGUUCAAUAUUUUAUUAGGUUGAUAUGCAAAUCAUUCAUGUUGUAUCGUGUAUGUUCUCAUGUCGGAGCCAUAUGUAUGCAAGCUAGUUUAUAUUCACCUGAGCCACACAAUAACAGGUCUAUUAAUAAUGAAACCAUGCACUGCUUUCCAAUACUCUGAGGGCAGCCUCACAUACACCGCAGGAUCAACAAGUGGCAUAAAUACAUAAAUAUUAUAUAUAUAUAAAUAUAUAUUCUUCAUGACUAUGAUGGUAUGGAGUCCUGACUAGUCGGAGCUCCAUGAAAAAUAUUCCUUUGACUCUUCUUCGAGCUAGAUCUCCGCAGCUGAUUAUCUUCUACCUCCUGAUGCUAGCCACGUUAGCUCAAACAGUGUGAAACAGACUGUGUUUGUUAGCAUAUGCAAAUGAAAAAAUGAUUUCCUAAACACGAUCCACUUGAAGACUACACACCAAACACGGAAGAAUUUUAUCACAGCACAUAAAGUCAGUCUUCUAAUUUGAAUGUUAUGCAAUAAUAAAUAGAUGGCAUAUAAUUUUGUGAAAUAAAACGUAUAGCACCGUCAAAUGUCAUGAUCACUACAUUAAUAUAAUUAACAUAUGAGAGGAUUUAACAAAAUGCUAUUGUAUAACUGUGAUUUUUGUGAGCGAGGGUUCACAUACAGAGUACUGGCUGUCUGAUUUAAAUCCAUCAUCUCUACCAGUAAGGUUCAUGGGGACAUUCUCAGGAAGUCUGUGUGAAGCUCAGACUCUUCAUCUGCGUCUGAUCUGUGGAAGCUAAGAAGUGCCAUAAUAACCCGAGAGCUUUGAAGCAAAUGAACUUGUGAAAUGUACUCACUCUAUGACACUUAAUGUUGAGGAUUACCACUCAGUUGAUUUAUAGCAAUAUACAACUUCUAGUUCAUGUUAGACUUUAAUCUUGUGCAUUUAUUAUUAUAAUGAACAACACUUACAAAAGAAAGAAUUAGGAAGUCUUUUUUUUAAUGAAAUAUUAAAUAAUAAUUAUUUCACCACAUCAUAAUAUUUUGAGGUUUUGGGUUAAUACAAAAGUUCAAGCUGAAAUAUUCAGACUUUGGGCCCGACAAGUCCCUUAAAAUGUACUUUUGGUUUUGAAGACCCUUUACAGAUAUAUUGUGCCAAACAUAAACAAAAUGUGUGUUUAUGUUUGGCACAAUAUAUAUAUAUAUUUAUAUAUUCAGUGUUAUUAAAUGUGACAUUAGGUUUCAAUAGUGGUUACAGUUCACAGUCAGGUAUUCAUCUGCUUCAUCAUUUUAAUUAUUAUGGUGCUAUUUGCUUUUAUACAUUCAAGCAACAAAGGUCUUAUCUGACGAAGCAUUUGGUGUAUUUCUGUUCAUGUUCUGUAGCUUUCAAAUGUCCUUAUUCUACAUCUGAGUGAUGUGUGUCUUUUCUUUUCUUACUAGAUGUGAGAUUUGUCCACCACCAGUUUGUUUUAGAGUCUCUGAGCAGAAUGAUAGGAGCUCAGCUGAAGGCUUCUCAGACCAAAUGAGCAAUAACAGACUGUGUCUCACAAUCAUCGGAGGUUCAGGUUAGGAUCUGUCACAGGAGUAAUUCUCCAUGGUGUUGGAGGCAGAAAAACGUAAUGACCAAACUGCAUUAAUAUCUUAGUACAAGAGAAGAAAAAGACUGUUCUAUGGACUAACUGCUGCUACCCUCUAGAGUAACCCUGAAAAAUCAAAUGCACAAUCAACACUGUUUUGGAUCUUCAGUUUCUCACCUUUCCUUGUAGAUAUUUAACUUCCUUGUUUCCCCCCUGAUCCUCGAAUCUGAACAUGGAACACGUUUGACGUCCAUCCACGGGUAGCUGAGUGUUGGUGUUUGGGCUUCAGUAGCUGGGGAUGGUUUGGUUGAUCAUGUGAAUGCAUGUAGAAGAGACGCUUUGUGCUGAUGUCGUGCUGAUCGUGUUUCUUUGUGAUUGUUUGUUCUCCAGCCUGCUCUUACACUGUCAGCAGAAUAUAUGGAAGCCCUUCCCCAGCACGAAAUGAAAGAAAGAAAACGUUAAAUGAUUACCAAAAAAAUCGUAUUAAAAAUUAUGAGAUGCCAAUUCAAAAAGUGUAACCAUUAAGACUCAUACAUAUUUUGAAUAUUAUUGUAAGUUCUAAAUACCCAGUUUUUUUUGUCCACGGACCAAAAUUCUCGUUACGUUUGACCCUUUCAAAAAAAUGAAAAGCCUUUAGCUUAGUUAGUGGAUAUUUUGCCAUCAUACAUCGCAUCAUAAUUUUGAUGAUUUAAUAUCGUUGACCAACUUUUAUUAUUUUGGCACUCAGAUGUUGAGGUGUCUCAUGACAUGCUAGCUGGCUAAUGCUAAUCGUGAUUCCUCCCCCUGGUGCUGAGGGGCUUCCAAACAGACGUGUGAGGAGUGGGCUGAGGUUAUAUAAUUGUUUUUUUUUCUUGGAUACUAACACGGGUCUUUUGUAUGUGAUAGCCCCCCUUCCCCUCCCCUCCCCCAAUUAUAUUAAACCAUUAUAUCGUGGUGCUAUAUAUAUAUUUGAUAAAAAUGACUUAAUGUAUUGCGAUUACUAUUGUCUGAAAAUAAUUGUGAGUUGAGAUUGGUUAUGGUGAAAAUAUAUUUUGGAUACAAAUGAAAAAAAAAAAAGAUCUAUGUUAAUAAUUAUAAAUCUAUUGAUAUUAACACUGACCCCUGAGGUACAUUAUUAGAUUGCAGUUUAAAGUUUGUACAUCUUUUUGAUAGUGUAUACCAUUUUCCUUUCAUAUGGUCACUUCGUGCUGUGAUGGAGCUUUGAUAGACUUUGUAAAUAAAGCCAAAAUGUUGGAUCAUGUUUUCGGUUGUGAUGGACGGCUUCUUUGUUUACAAAAUGUUUCCGCAUGGCUGUGAAAGUUUAUCUGGUGAUUUUUGUAAGAUUUGACUUUUACACUGAAUAAAAAGGCUUAUGACUUCCAA